AUGCCAUGUAGAAUGUCUCACAGCAGCCUUAGUUGUCAUUACGACAGCUAUCUUCAAUCAGAUUCAUCUCUUGAAACCGACGCAUUAACAAACAAACAUUGGAAUGGCCGCGUAUCAGCUCAAGCAGAAGGGCCAUCGCGCCGCAAAAGUAAUCUUCAUAACGCCAUGGCAGCUGAGAUGGACACAUCAUGGGAACGACCAACACACAUCGAGGGCAGAUAUAAGAAGUACUCAACUACAUCAUCCGUUUAUUCGAAGAAGGCUCUAUCUCAUCAAAGCGAGCAUAUCGAAAGAUCUUGGUGGUACGCCUGUUGUCAGAAGUGUCACACAAGAGGACACCGGAAUUCCUUCCUGGGAACCUCCACAUUGGCAAAAAAAAAAAUAUGCCCCUACCCAUUAUGCCCAUCAUACAGACAUUUUGCUCAAAAUCUAUCGAUUCUUUUAAUCGGAAUAAUGGUGUGGGUUAUCGUAUGGAUAAUAUUAGGUGACACAGCCGCACCUGGUGGGCAGUUAUUUAUGCUCGCUGUACUUACCAUCGCUGCACACUUUGGCGGCUGGCUGAUGGUAAAAGUUACCACACUACCAGCACUUAUAGGAAUGCUCAUAGUGGGAAUAAUAUUAAAAAAUAUCGGUUUUGUCAACUUUGAUUCAGAUUACCAACACGUGACCUCUUAUAUAAGGAAAAUCGCGUUGACGAUCAUUUUAACAAGAGCUGGUCUUGAUUUAGAUCCCGUAGCAAUGAAAAAAAUUCUUCAUUACUGUCAUAAAAUUGGCCUUGGUUCCAUGGAUAUUUGA